UCCUGCAUUUCUCUGUCACUCCUACACAUCUCUCUGCAGUUUGCACAGCAAACACCCUCUCCGGCAUUGCUCCCUCUGUCGCAUCACAUCGCCUGCCUUCACGGCAAGGGAGUUCAUACUUCAUACCGCGUGAGGGCCGAUGGACGUUGCCGUCAGUGCGGCGUGGUGGGUGGUAGGCAAGGCACUGGGCCCUGUCUCAGAUGGCUUCCUGGAGGCUUGGGCUGCUAGCAAGGAUCUCGGUCCCAACGUCGACGCGCUCAAGAUGGAGCUCCUGUACGUGCAGGGGAUGCUGAACAACACCCGUGGCAGGGAGAUCGACAACCCGGCCCUGAACGAGCUGCUGCAAAAGCUGCGGCAGCUAGCGUACGGGGCCGAGGACGUGCUGGAUGAGCUGGAUUACUUCCGCAUCUGGCAAACUGCUUGGGUGCUCUGCACGCUCGUGUGCUGCUGCUAACCCUCGUCAUCCCGGGGAGCUGAGAUCGGAAGAAGAUACAAGGCAGCAAGUUCAGUGCUGCACUUGGCCAUGUGCCGGGAGAACUGCAAGUGGCAAUACCCCAUUGGUCCCAAACACAGACCAAGCUGAUGGGGAGGCCAGCGGAUGCAUUCGCAAGCUUGCUUCUGGUGCUCUCAACACCGUGCGUACUGUCGGUAAACUCUUCCCUUGCUCAUCCUUCCCACCCGUUCAUGAUGAUGUUUCUGGCAAGUCAGUCCUUUGUGGUGCCUGCAUACGCAAGGCACCACAGCAAAAGCAUGUGAAGGAAGCACGAAAAUUAGAGUUUGAUAGGGUGGAUUUAUCUACAAGAAUGAAGCAUAUUGUAGAGCAACUGCAGCCCUUAUGUGCAAAGGUAACAGUUAUUCUUAAUCUUGAGUUGUUGGGUUCUAAUCA